GAAACUGCCGCGCUGAGAGAACCCCGAGCGAUCAUAGACUCUGCGUGAACCUCAAGAGCUGAGAGCGCGCAGCCGGCGAACCUGAGAACCUCCUUGUGGUGGAGGCGAGAGGUUAGCAGGCAGAGCCGGGCUCCGGGGCAGGAGCUCCAGCAUCCGCGGCUCCAGGCGGGCAUCCAUCGCCUCCCGGCCCACUGCGGCGGCUUUGACUUCGGCCGGGGGAAGAUGUUCAAGGUGUCAGCCGUGCUGUGUGUGUGUGUCGCGGCUUGGUGCGGUCAGGCUCUGGCGGCCGCCGUGGCGCUGGCUGCGGCCGGGGGGCGGUCGGACGGCGGCAAUUUUCUGGAUGAUCAACAAUGGCUCACCACCAUCUCUCAGUAUGACAAGGAAGUCGGACAGUGGAACAAAUUCCGAGACGAUGAUUAUUUUCGCACUUGGAGUCCAGGAAAACCCUUUGAUCAAGCUUUAGAUCCAGCUAAAGAUCCAUGCUUGAAAAUGAAAUGUAGUCGCCAUAAAAUGUGCAUUACUCAUGACUCUCAGACUGCAGUCUGCGUUAGUUAUCGGAGGCUUACGCACAGUAUGAAAGAAACAGGUGCAGGCCAUAAGCCAUGGAGAGGCGUCACGUCGUCCACUUGCAAGCAGUGCCCAGGGAUCUACAGCAGCCCUGUGUGUGGCUCUGAUGGCCAUUCCUACUCUUCUCAGUGCAAACUAGAAUACCAGGCAUGUGUCUUAGGAAAGCAGAUUUCUGUCAAAUGUGAAGGGCGUUGCCCGUGUCCCCCAGAUAAGCCCACCAGUUCAAGCAGAAGUGUUAAGAGAGUGUGCAGUGAUGUGGAGUUCAGAGAAGUGGCCAAUCGAUUACGGGACUGGUUCAAGGCCCUCCAUGAAAGCGGAAGCCAGAACAAGAAGGCCAAAGCAUUACUGAGACCAGAAAGGAGCAGAUUUGAUACAAGUAUUUUGCCAAUUUGUAAGGAUUCCCUUGGCUGGAUGUUUAACAGACUGGAUACAAACUAUGACCUGCUGUUGGACCAGUCAGAGCUCGGGAGCAUCUACCUGGAUAAGAAUGAGCGCUGUGUCAAGGCAUUCUUCAAUUCCUGUGACACGUACAAGGACAGCUUGAUAUCCAACAAUGAGUGGUGCUACUGCUUCCAGAGACAGCAAGACCCACCUUGCCAAACAGAACUCAGCAAUAUCCAAAAGCGACAAGGGGUAAAGAAGCUCUUAGGACAGUACAUUCCCUUAUGUGAUGAAGAUGGCUACUACAAGCCAACACAGUGCCAUGGUGGUGUGGGACAAUGCUGGUGUGUCGACAGAUAUGGAAAUGAAGUCAUAGGAUCCAGAAUAAAUGGUGUUGCUGACUGUGCUAUAGAUUUUGAGAUCUCUGGAGAUUUUGGGAGUGGAGACUUCCAUGAAUGGACUGAUGAUGAAGAUGAUGAAGAUGAUAUGAUGAAUGCUAAAGAGGAAAUUGAAGAUGACGACGAAGAUGAAGGGGAUGAUGAUGAAGAAGGUGAUGACCAUGAUGGGUACAUUUGAUUGAGCUGAGGUCAAUAUAGCCUACAUUUCUAAUAUUUACAAAAUAACAGCCUAUUGAGAAUUACCUUCUUACCCCAAAACAAAAUGAUUCUAAACUUCUCAUAUAUUUUGUAUAAUUAUUACAAAUAUUGUAGCAAAAAUUAUAGAUCUCUGAUGUUUAAAUAAGCACCAUUUGCUUUCAGUUUAUGCCUUAGAAAGAAAGACAGCACGUAUGGAGUAUAGCCAGUAAAAAGGAAAGUUAUGAAAACCUGUGGAAAUAUUUUUUUCAAAAGAACGUUGUAAAUGUUCCACAACUAUAAAAUUGACAAGGAGAACUUGGUAUCGUAUCUUGUUAUGUUAUGAGAAACAGCCUAAGCUAAAUUUGCAAUGAUUUCAUGGUGACAUGGACCCCCAAGGAUUUUAUAAAAUAAUGCAUGAUUUUAUUUUCAAUUUCAAUAUAGCAUUUGGUGUGAUUCAGGGUGAGAGAGAUACCAUAUGGUAAGACAGAAUGUCCACUGUAGAUUCCUUAUUUAAUUGUAAUGCUUUUAAUUAUGAAGUUCUUCUGGACACAAUAGGAUAUUUUAUAAACUAUUAAGUAUGGAAGUCUGUGGGUUCUCAAAAAAAAAAAGAUAACCUCAACUGUUCUUUCUCAUUUUUAUUUCAAUUUGAAUCACAGGCUCAUGUAGAUUCUUUGAGUAUUCUUCUAUAGCAUGAUUUCUAGUUUUCUCUAUCUUUCUGGCCAGCAAUUAGGGUAUAGAAUUUAAAUCAGAUACAGAAAGUGAAUGGUUCAUGUCAACCAUAUUUCCAUUUUUUUUUCAUUUGCCCCAAGGAAAAGAAAUUGUAAUUUAUUUUUCAUUUUAUUUCCUAUUUUAGAUAAAAAUUUAUGUUUUAUCUUAGAUUUAUUACAUUUUUGUUAGUAGUGCCGAAACUUAGAGAACGUAUUGUAUGGUGCCUUGCAAAAAUAGAAAUAGAAAGGGUUAGCAUGCAUACCAAUAUAAGAUAUUAGGCAAUAUUUAAGCACACCUAACUAACAAGUUAAUGCCAGUAAAGGUACUGCUGCUGGAUGAGGAAAAUGGAAUAGGUUUCCUUCUUUUUUCUGUUGCUACAUAACUGCCAUGUGGACUUGUUUAUAAUUAUAAUUGUGUAAAGUGGCAUUUAAUACUUAACUGUAACAAAUUAAUUACUAUAUUUAGGUUAGCAUGUUAAUUAAUUGUGUAGACACCAUCACUUCUAAGACUAUCAAACCAAUGGUUUUGUGUCCACAAUAGAAAUGGAAAAAAAUGUUGAGUGUUACAUUAUUAUCUUCCAUUCUUAUCGUGGGUUAAUUGGUUUCCUGGUAUAAUAUUAAGUGAAAGAAAAAUCAGUGAAUUAUUUCAAUUUAAUUUUUACACACUAAAUAAAAAUAUUUACCUUACAUAAUGUUUAAGUAUAAUGCAUUUUCAUUUUUUAAUGUUUAUGUAUAAUUUACAAAAUAAAGAAUCUUGUAACCAAAAUUAGCUGUACCUUAAUGAUUUUUUCUGGGUCCUAUACAAAGUAGCAGCAAGAUUUCUUGGAUUGAUAAACAAAUACAGCUAGGAAAGUUUCUGAGAUGUUUCUUCUAUGUGACUUCAAAGUUAGAGUUCUUGUAAUCUUGAAUACUGAUUUCAAAAUAUGUGAA